CCAUGGAGGUCCACUGCCCCUAACCGUCCAUAGCCAUUCCCUUCUUCCUUUGCUGCUCUGCUACCUCUCUUUCUACGAGACAAAACUGAAAUCUGCCAUAUCAAAUGACCUGCACUUUUCCCACUGCGAAGCUCCAGAGAUCGUUCUUCAGAGCCUGCAAUUGACGACGGACGAUGGCGGAUCCUCGUGCGAGGGAGGGCUUCUUCAAGGGGGAGGUCCUCACUUACGCUUACCUUCUUCUCUAUAUUGCUCUCUCCAGUGGCCAGAUCUUCUUCAACAAGUGGGUUUUGUCAUCGAAGGAAAUCAAUUUCCCUUAUCCUCUUGCAUUGACUCUCCUCCACAUGGUCUUCUCGUCCAUCUUAUGCUUUAUACUCAUCAAAGUGUUUAAGGUUCUGAAGGUCGAGGAAGGUAUGAGUGCAGAAAUAUAUACUACAUCUGUAAUGCCAAUUGGUGCGACCUUUGCAAUGACUCUUUGGCUGGGAAACACUGCUUACCUGUACAUCUCUGUGGCCUUCGCACAAAUGCUGAAAGCAAUCAUGCCAGUUGCCGUCUUUAUUCUUGGAGUAGCAGCAGGUCUUGAGUUAAUGAGCUGUAGAAUGUUGCUGAUCAUGUCAGUGAUAAGUUUUGGUGUUCUAGUGGCUUCUUAUGGAGAAAUAAACAUCAGUUGGAUUGGUGUUGUUUACCAAAUGGGCGGUGUUGUUGGGGAAGCUCUAAGACUUAUUUUCAUGGAGAUUCUGGUUAAAAGAAAGGGCCUCAAAUUAAAUCCUAUAUCUAUCAUGUACUAUGUUAGUCCCUGCAGUGCGCUUUGCCUGCUCGUUCCAUGGAUCUUUCUGGAGAAACCAAAGAUGGACUCACGUGAAUCAUGGAAUUUUCCUCCUGUUGUACUGGUGCUCAACUCUCUGUGUACUUUUGCACUCAACCUCUCAGUAUUCCUUGUUAUUACACAUACAAGUGCCUUGACCAUUCGUGUUGCUGGAGUUGUCAAGGACUGGGUUGUUGUCUUAUUGUCGGCUCUUCUAUUCGCGGAUGUGAAGUUGACAGUCAUUAAUCUCUUUGGAUAUGGCAUUGCCAUUGCUGGAGUUGUGGCAUACAAUAACUUCAAGUUGAAAAAGGAAGCUUCACGAGGAAGCCCUGAUGAUUCUGAACAGUCCGAAUCCAUGCCAAUGGUCACAUCUGCGUCCAGCAUCAAAUAGUGACUUUGUAUGGGCAGUCUGAAGUUAUCAUAAGCUGCUCCUACGGUGAAGAGUGUAAGUUUGUUGAUGGUAAGGACGGAUUCAGAAAGUAUAGAGAUAUGUUGUUAUUCACAGUCAAGUGCUGGAAGUAAAGAUUAACUGAGAAGCAUCAUUCGCCAUCUUUACUCUUUUUUGCGUUCAAUUUCGAGACACCGCCGGUGAUGAUCAGCGACUUUGAGACUUCUCACUGGGAAGGCAGAGAAGAAAACAUAUGGCAAUUGUAAGUUAGAUUCAAAAGAAAGAUCCUUUUAUGUGUAGAUUUAUUCCAGCUUAUACAAAAUUGAUUCAGGUUCAGAUUGUUUUACGUAUAGCAUUGAAAUUGAAUUCUCUUGGUUCUGAUGGUUGUAACUGUCCAAAAGAUUGUCCUGCUGCGAAUAUCAAUGGCUUCACCAUCUUUCAGAAUUCUGAUAGAAAGUUGUUGCAAUUUGAGUACCA